AAAAAAGUAUACUUAAUCAAGAUCCCCGAUUCCUCUCCUCACUUUCCGUGAUCUCUCUGCUCGACACUUUCUCCUUCGAUGCCACAAGGGAGUCGAUCACAUUGGUGUCGUUCGUCGCACCACCGGCCGAGCCUCCCUCCUCCAUCUCCCUGUCGCGUCGCCAGUGCCACCCAAAUCACCAAAUCUCGCCACCCGACGACGUCGAUCCACCGCUGCCUCUCAUGGAUGCCGAUCGCUCCUCCUCAUCACCGGAUCUUGGAUCAAGGAGGUCUAUCGCCCCUCCUCAUCACCGGAUCUUGGAUCAAGCAGGUCCAUCGCCCCUCCUCAUCAUUGGAUCUUAGAUCAGAGAGGUCCAAUGUCGUCUCCUUCCAUUGGAGCAUUGUCUACCCUUCUCGGAGCCCUGCCCUAGUUUGGGUCAGCAUCGCCUUAUCCUUUUCCUCUCUAUCGCCGCCCAAUCAAUUGGUGGUCAGGAGAUCUGGUCAUAGAGGGGAGUGUAAUGACGCUGAACUGAGGAGUUGGAUUCGAGACAAGCGUCUCGACGUGGGUUUGGUUUAUCACGAUCGACAGAUAAAGACAAUGAGGCGAACGAGAUAGGAGGCAUUGACCAGUGAGUCAACUCAGAACAAGGGCAGUACAACCCGAAGAUCAUCCAUUUUAAAUUCCGCAUUUAGUUAUGGUUUCUUUCUAAUCGUCUAUGUAAUUUUAUUGAAGUAAGGAACCAUUAUGGAAAUAUAAGUAAGUGACGUCCACAGGUUAUGUAUUAUAUAUAUGUAAAAAAAAAGAACUAGGGGCGUUACAUCUCAGGUGUUACGAGAAGAUCUGUUGUUGAUCCUCGGUGGCAGGUAGUGAUUAUGGAGUCGCUUGGAGUAUCCUGUCUGCCGACCCCAAGUCACUUCAGAAGACCGUCUUUAUUUCGUUGUUGUUUUCUUACAUAUUUUCCUUAUGGUAUUGGCAUUGUAUUGGUGUUUAGCCAUAUGGCUUCUUUACCGUUUUUAAUAUUUUGUUGUGUUUAAGUCGUGCCAACACACAUUGUAUCAUUUUAGUUUGUUUGGGCUUUUUUUUAUUUUUUUGCUGUGUUUUUAGUACAGUCGUGUGGGUUGUUUAUUAUAUAAUUGCGUGAUUAUGAUCA